UAAUUAAUAUAUCAAUUAUCAGUAUAACAAAAAUUAAUCAAAAACUAUAAUAACUAUGAAGUUUACUAUCAGUAUUAUAGCUAUUGUUUUGAUAAUUAUCAAUGUUUUGGUUGGUGGUUGUAAAAUAAAUGAUCCAUGGCCAAAAACACCGAAAUUUAAUAGCCAAUACAAACAAUGGUCUGAUAAACAGCUAACCGAUCAAUUAGAUAGACUACUGAAUCGAAAAUGUCAAUUGUAUAGUCAGUAUAGUAAUCGGUUGAAAAAGAUUUUGAAAGGUUUUGAUUGGUUAGCCCAGAGACCAGUAGCCAAUUGCCAGUAUGAUAGGGAUUCAAAUACAUGGAUUAUUCAAGCAAUCAGUGAUUUACCAGAAAACGAUAAACACAGAUAUUUGGUUGAUCAGACAAAAUGGACCGAUUAUUGGCAACAAUAUUAUACUGAUGUUAAUAAACGCCAAUCGGAUUGUUCAGUCAAAAUGGUCGAAACAAUUUUGAAUACCCGUAAACUUCGGGUCAAUGAUUUGGAAAAAUUUUUGAACAAAAAUCGUAAGCAAGUGUUGGCUGGAAUGCAAAAAUGGUUAGACAAAGAUGCGAAACAAAUGGAUCAAAAACUUUGGCAAUUUAUUGACAAAAAGACAUUAGAUGAUACAAAACAAAAGUUUUCGAUGGAUGACAAAAAAAUUGCUGAAAUAACGGAUCAAACUGUUAAAGUGGGAACACUGAAUAUUUUGAUAAUUGAAACCGAAUUUUUUAUUCGUGGCUAUAAAAGUUUGAACGCUUUGGUUAGCAAUAACUAA